AUUUUAGACAGAAAUUGCACUUUUUGAAUAUUAGAUGGACUUUGAAGGAAUUCAGUGAACUUUGAGUGAGUGAUGAUUUUGGUAAUACUUGGGAUUCUAAAAAGCACUAAACGUACUGUGUUAUCUUGAAUGUAGAAACUUCUCAGUCUGUUGGGUUCCUCAAAAAAUGCUCCCAGAAGAAGAAGAAGAAGGAUCAUCGUCUUUCUCCAAAGCAUCCUCACAGCUGAUGCCAAAACCAACCUCUGAACUCAAAUCUCUUCUUCCCUCUUCACCUCAUGAUCCAUCAGAUCGUUCACCAUCGGAAUCCUAUUCCGAUGAAUUACAAACCCCAAGCCUCGACGGCGACGACAAUCCCGAUUCAUCAAUAGUAUCAUCAAAUGUAAUAGCCGAGAAUCAAGAUCUGCUGACCCGAAUCCUAGUUCAUUUACCGACGAAGUCCCUCAUUCGUUUCCAAUCUGUCGCUAAGAGCUGGCUUUCAAUCAUUUCUGACCCCAUUUUCCGGCGGCUGCGGCGGGGGCAUAACGGCGCUUACUUUUUGACUCGAUCGGGUUUAAACGGUAAGCCGGAGGUUAAUUCCGUUUCUGUUGAUGAAGGGUAUGUAAAUCCUAUGAAUGACAUUGUUUUGCAUAUUAGAAAUUCCUUUGGUGUGAAUCGAAUUCUGGGAUUUCAUUCAUGUAAUGGGUUAGUGGUACUUGCUUUAAACACCAAUGAUGCUGAUGCUCCGUUAAACUUUGUUGUGUAUAACCCGACUACUCGUCGCCGGAGGCUUAUACCAACGCUUUUUGUUCAUGAUAUUCGUGAUGAGAUGGGGGUUCCUUUUGAUGAUUUGUUAGAUUGUCUUGACAACGACCCUGAAACUAAUGACCCUCUUCCGCCACUCAUUUCCCCUGUAGCUCCUAUCAAUUUUAUUGCUCUGAAUAUUGCAUUUGAUCCUCUGCAAUCCCACCACUAUGAAUUAGUCUACGUUUGGGAUGAUGGUAAUGAACGGAUUAGAUUCGCUAGCUACGCAUCUGAGACAGGGCUUUGGACCAACAGUAAAUGGUACCUUGAGGAAGAACGUGAAAAUCAUAGUAUAAUUUAUUUUGAAAAGGGUGUAUUUUGGAAUGGAGAACUUUUUUGGGUUGAUUCAUGCUGGGACCUUUAUUCCUUUGAUUUUGAAACUAAAGAUGGGGGAAGUAUCGAUGCCUCAUUUCCACGUGGUCGUGGCUUUGAUGAACGGGGAUAUCACAUGUGCCCUGAUAUUCUGUUUUUCGGGGUCUCUGGGGAGAACUUAUGUCUUAUCGCAUUAAUGGAUCUUCAUCCAUUGCUAUUUGAAGUCUACAGUUUCGAGUUGGACCAUUCAAGAUGGAAUUUGAUGCAUCGUGUCUGCUUCUCUGAUCUUACAGUUUUCUAUCCAUCAAUGGUAGUUAAGAAGCUUAUUCCUUUUUCGGAUCAGUGGCAUUGCAGCUUCUCUUUUCUUAGUUUCCUCGUGGGUGAGGAACUAAAACAAUCUAAGUGGUUGAUAUCAGCUCCUGGUAAAGUUCUUUCCUGUAAUGGGCACCCCAUGACUGUGAAAGAGAUCAUGGUUACCGAGAAUUCUGAAGAGGCACCCAUUUAUGAGUGGAAGGAAACGUAUGAGCACAUUGAGACCUUUGUUUCUGUUUGAUUACUCUGCAUUAUAUCAUCUACAAGGUGUCAUUUUGAUUUCUAGCGAAAGAUAUUUUGUGUAGUUACUCCUUGAUUGUCCAGUUUGUAAUUUCAUUUCUAGUAUAAUUUAUAAUUGAAAAUCCAAACAAGACAAUCAUUUUGGCAUAGCAGGAGUAUGCAAGGUGUAUGAUGUCUAAAGGUGGCCGUUUAAUUAUGUAACUUACCUUAUGAUAUUUCUUUGAAUAGUAAGAUGUAGAUUCAGAAGUUCGCUGA